UUAAAUUGUGAAGUUAUAUCUUCCCCUUCUUUCAUAAGAGAUUGAACUCAGAGAAGAAUUAAGUUUUAUACUUUGGGUUGAUUUUUUGGGCUAAAUUUUGCUUGAACAAAGGCAAAAAUGGGAUUAACAGUGUCAAGGCUAAUGAGAUUAUUUUAUGCAAAGAAAGAUAUGAGGAUUCUGAUGGUGGGUCUUGAUGCAGCUGGAAAAACAACAAUUCUCUACAAACUGAAGCUUGGAGAAAUUGUCACUACCAUACCAACCAUAGGCUUCAAUGUAGAGACUGUUGAGUACAAAAAUAUUAGCUUCACUGUCUGGGAUGUUGGAGGACAAGACAAGAUUCGACCAUUGUGGAGACACUACUUUCAAAAUACACAAGGCCUUAUCUUUGUGGUAGAUAGUAAUGAUAGAGAAAGAAUUUUAGAAGCCAGAGAUGAGCUCCAUCGUAUGUUAAGUGAGGAUGAACUUCGUGAUGCCACUUUACUUGUAUUUGCCAAUAAGCAAGACCUUCCAAAUGCUUUGACCGUUUCAGAGAUUACUGAUAAACUUGGUUUACAAUCACUUCGUCAGCGCCGUUGGUACAUCCAGUCAACUUGCGCCACAUCCGGCCAAGGACUCUAUGAAGGCCUUGAUUGGUUGUCAAGUAACAUAUCAAACAAGAUAAGAUGAAUCAAAGAUCUGAGUUUACUUUGUGAUCUUUAUCAUAUGAAUAUUGAAACUUGGUGCACAUUUUGCUUAUAUAUUGUGGUAUAAACUUGCGUGUUACCAUUUUGUUAAUUUGAACUAUGAACCAAUUGUGAUAUCAACCACUAUGUACACUUUCUAAAAGUUCAGGGUAUUCAAUCACUAUGUAUGCUUUCUAAACGUUCAUGGCUUGUAAGUAUUACACUCAUUAAGAGUUCUGUGUAUACAACCCAUUGCAGCUUUAAAUAAUGUUACAGUAACUUUUGUUUUUGGCAUAAA